AUGGCUUCCAAUCCGCUGCAGAACCCCUCGCUGCCAUCGCUGCCCCAGCACCAGCAGAACGACACGGGCUUGACUUCUGCCCUUGCCAGCCGCUACCACGCACAUCUUCCCAUCGCCUCCCUCUCGUCCCAGGGAAUUGUCGCCAUCAACACAUGCACAGAUGCCAGCCUGGGAGUCGACGGCGGCAAGGAGGGAAGUGCCCACCAGGCCGCCGAGGAUCUCUCUCUCCGAGCCUACACGCGUCUUGGACACCGUUCUGAGGACCAGGCCAUCGUCUUUCUUGGCGAGUCUGGCGCUGGAAAGACGACCAUCCGUGGACAUAUGCUGCGGUCCUUCAUGUCCUUUUCCUCUACACCCCUGUCCAAGAAGAUCGAACACGCCAACUUUGUUUUUGAUGCCUUCACCACUACCAAGUCCCUCACUACCCCGCAAGCCUCCAAAUCCGGUCUCUUAUUAGAGCUCCAGUAUAAUACCACCACCGCAAACAACGCCACUCUGCUGGGCGCUCAGUUCCUCGCCCACCGUCUCGAGCGCAGCCGCAUCGCUUCCGUUCCCACUGGAGAGCGCACCUACCACGUUCUCUACUACCUCCUCGCCGGCACCAGUCUCAAUGAGAAGAAGCAUCUCUUCCUUGACGCAGUAGGCGGAGACGGUAAUGGCGGCAACCGUACCUCGCUUGGUUCCAACAAGAGAUGGCGCUAUCUCGGGCACCCCACACAGCUCAAGGUGGGUAUCGACGACACCAAGGGCUUCGCUGAUUUCAAGGCCGCUCUGCGCAGGCUUGAGUUUGGCAAGGAAAGCAUUGCAGGCAUAUGCGAGAUUAUGGCUACCAUCAUGCACAUUGGUCAGCUCGAGUUUGAGAUGGGUCAAAACACUACCCCUGCGCCCGAUGAGAGCGGUGGUUACUCCCACGAGGGUGGUGAGUCUAUCACCGUUGUCAAGAACAAGGACUCUCUAGUACCCAUUGCUCAGUUUUUGGGUGUCGCCAUGUCCGAUCUAGAGCAAAGCUUGCGAUACAAGUCCAAGACACUUUACCGCGAGCGCGUCACUGUCAUGCUGGAUCCCAAGGGUGCACGAGCCAAUGCGGAUGAGCUCGCCCGCUCUCUCUACUCACUUCUUGUAACAUGGGUCAUGGAGCAGAUGAAUUCUAGGAUCUCGGUGCCGUCUGAGCAGAUUUCCAACACCGUUUCAAUGGUCGACUUCCCCGGAUUCGCCAACUUUGCGGCCACCGGAUCAUCACUCGACCAGCUGCUCAAUAACACUGCGAACGAGUCUCUCAUCUCUUUCUGUCAAGAGAGCUUUUUCCAACGGCAAAUCCAAGAGCUGGAAGCCGAAGAGAUCUCUCUGCCACCUAUGGCUUUCUACGACAACACCGCCGUGAAGACGGGUCUCAUGAAGCCAGGCAAUGGCCUUUUGAGCAUUCUCGAUGAUCAGAUGCGCCGUGGCAAGACCGAUAUGCAGUUCCUUGAGGCUAUUCGUAAGCGUUUCGACGGCAAGCACCAGGCUAUCGUACCUGGUAGUCUUACUGUCGUACAACCCGGCAGCAACUUCCCCACGCCUAACACUUCGCCAACCUUCACAAUUCGCCAUUUCACAGGUGACAUUGACUACAGCGUCGAGGGGCUGCUGGAAGAGAACGCAGAGCUUAUCUCUGGUGACAUGAUGCACCUACUCAAGUCUGCGCAGGCUCCGUUCGUUCAACAACUUUUUGGACAAGAGGCUCUUCAGAAGAUGUCACAUCCCAAAGAGAAGUCAGCUAUUGUUCAAGCCACCGUUAGCUCCAAACCCACGCGUCAACCUAGUCUGGCAAAGCGGAAGGCUGACAAGACGGGACGAUUUGGACGUCAACUCAAUGUAUUCGACGAAGAGGCCAUCAGUGAUGCUGAAAGCAACAUCUCUGGCACCAAGAAGCCUGGAGAGUCCCAGAAGCAGACUGGUGCUGCGGGUCAGUUCAUCAGUUCCUUGAGGACCAUUGAAUCGACAAUGCGGAAAGCCAACGCUUACUUUGUCUUCUGCUUGAAACCCAAUGACAGAAGGAUUGCAAAUCAGUUCGACAGCAAGUGCGUUCGUCAACAGGUUCAGGCUCUCGGUAUCGCAGAGAUCAGUCAACGUCUCCGGGUUGCUGAUUACAGCAUUUUCAUGCCUUUCGCGGAGUUCCUCGGACUUGCUCAAACUGACCUUGCCAUUGUUGGUAGCGACAAAGAAAAGGCUGAGAUGGUCCUUGAUCAAAAGCCGUGGCGAGAGAACGAAGUUCGUGUUGGUGCCACUGGUGUCUUCUUAAGUGAGAAGUGCUGGCUCGAGAUUGCCAAUGUAUCGAACCUCGCUCCUUAUGCACGUGGACCUGCUGAUUCCAACGACAAUCUGCUUACUCCCGAAGCUGGUCGAUCGUUUGGUGACGUCCGAACCGGCCUUCUUUCGCCCUCGCCUGGCGCAUACUAUGACGACAAGAGCGGCAACUAUUUCGGUCAGCGUGAUAUUGAUGCUCGCUCAGAAGCGCCGUCUGGCAUCACCAAUGGGGACAUGUUCCAUGGCUUGGAACAGCCCAAAGCCAUUGACGACGAGAAAGCAGCUGAUGCAAAACUACAAGAAGUCGAAACCAUUCCCACCUCCAGCAGUCGAAAGAGAUGGGUGUUCAUUGUCUACGUCAUGACAUGGCUCAUUCCCGACUUUGCUAUCCGAUACAUUGGACGCAUCAAGCGCAAAGACGUGCGGAUGGCAUGGCGAGAAAAGUUAGCCAUCAACAUGAUCAUUUGGUGGAGCUGUGCGUUUGUCAUCUUCCUCAUGAUUGGGUUUCCCGCUGUCAUCUGCCCGAAACAACAUGUUUACUCUUCUGCUGAACUGACUUCCUACGACGGCAAGGAUGGAAACGAAGCUUACGUUGCCAUCCGGGGUAUCGUCUACGACUUGGGAGAGUUCAUUCCACACCAUUACCCCAGCAUUGUCCCACAGAAGAAUCUGGAGAAGUACUCAGGAAAAGAUGCGACCAAUCUGUUCCCUGUGCAGGUCUCUGCUCUGUGCUUAGGCAAGGACGGAAAGGGGAUCAACGACGCCGUUCAACUGAACUACAAGAACUCCAAUUACACCGACUCAUCCGUGAACAAUCUCAUCAGUACCACCGAUCUCAACGCGCAAUACCAUGACUUCCGGUCUUUCACCAACGAUUCUCGUCCCGACUGGUGGUUUGAGCAGCAAAUGUUCCUCAAGGCCAACUACAUGAAAGGCCGAGUUGGAUACAGCCCUGAAUAUCUGAAAACGCUUGGAAACAAGGGUAACUCGAUUGCCUACAUGAAUGGCCGCGUAUACGAUUUCACGGAUUACAUCCCAGGUGGUCGCGAACUCAAGUUCCCGAUUGGUGAGGAACCCAACGACACAGGAAAUAUCGAUACCGACUUCAUGUCACGAGACGUCGUGGACAUUUUCCGAGUUCAGGCUGGUAAAGACAUUACCAAGUACUGGCAGAAUCUCAACUUGGACGCUACAACAAAAGCGAACAUGGAGACCUGCAUGAACAAUCUCUUCUACGUCGGCGAUGUCGACACCAGAAACUCGGCCAAGUGCUUGUUCGCCAAGUACUUCCUUCUUGCGAUUUCCAUUAUGCUAGUCAGUGUCAUCGGUUUCAAGUUUCUUGCGGCUCUUCAGUUCAGCCGAAAGACAGACCCGGAAAACAUUGACAAGUUCAUCAUCUGCACCGUUCCCGCGUACACUGAAGACGAAGAAUCCCUUCGUCGUGCUAUCGAUUCCGCCGCUAGGAUGAAGUAUGAUGACAAGCGCAAACUACUUGUCAUUGUCUGCGAUGGCAUGAUUAUCGGUCAAGGCAACGACAAGCCCACUCCUCGUAUCGUUCUCGACAUUCUGGGUGUCCCCGAGGCUACCGACCCCGAGCCACUCAGCUUCGAGAGUUUGGGCGAAGGACAGCGUCAACACAACAUGGGCAAAUGUUACUCUGGUCUGUACGAGGUACAUGGUCACAUCGUGCCUUUCCUGGUCGUGGUCAAGAUCGGAAAGCCUUCGGAAGUCUCCAAGCCUGGUAACCGUGGAAAGCGUGACUCCCAGAUUAUCCUCAUGCGAUUCUUGAACCGUGUGCACUACAACCUCCCCAUGACUCCGCUUGAGCUCGAGAUGCAUCAUCAGAUUCGGAACAUCAUUGGAGUCAACCCUACCUUCUACGAAUUCCUUCUGCAAAUUGAUGCUGAUACCGAGGUUGCACCUGACGCCGCCACUCGAUUUGUCGCAGCCUUCCUUCACGAUACUCGCCUACUUGCCAUUUGUGGUGAAACCGCCCUCACCAACGCCAAAUCCUCUUUCGUCACGAUGAUGCAAGUGUACGAAUACUUCAUUUCCCACAACUUGACCAAGGCUUUCGAGAGUCUGUUCGGCUCAGUUACUUGUCUUCCUGGUUGUUUCACCAUGUACCGCAUUCGCGCUGCCGAGUCUGGAAAACCAUUGUUCGUCAGCAAGGAAGUCGUCGAAGCCUACCAAGAGAUUCGGGUCGACACUCUACAUACGAAGAACCUGUUGCAUCUGGGAGAGGAUCGUUUCUUGACCACGCUCCUCCUCAAGUACCACUCCAAGUACAAGACAAAGUACACAAUGAGAGCACAUGCUUGGACCGUGGCGCCUGACAGCUGGUCCGUCUUCAUGUCUCAACGUCGUCGCUGGAUCAACUCUACUGUUCACAACCUGAUCGAACUCAUCCCGCUUACCCAGCUUUGUGGAUUCUGUUGUUUCAGUAUGCGCUUCAUCGUCUUCAUGGAUCUGCUUUCAACGGUCGUACAGCCUGUCAUUGUUGUUUACAUUGGUUAUCUCAUCUACACACUGGUGUGGUCGCCUGAUGUAGUUCCUAUCACGGCGUUCAUUCUUCUUGGUGCCAUCUACGGUCUACAGGCCAUCAUCUUCAUUAUUCGACGCAAGUGGGAGAUGAUUGGUUGGAUGAUCAUCUACAUCUUUGCAACACCCGUUUUCGCCUUUGGUCUACCUCUGUACUCUUUCUGGUACAUGGACGACUUCUCCUGGGGUAACACUCGUGUUGUUACUGGUGAAAAGGGCCAGAAGAUUGUUGUCACGGACGAAGGCAAGUUUGACCCUGCCAGCAUCCCUAAGAAGAGGUGGGAGGAGUACCAAGCAGAGAUGUGGGAGCAGCACACCAUCCGUGACGACCGCUCGGAGGUUUCAGGUUACACCUACGCUACCAGGAAGCCGUUUGGAAGCGCAUCUGUCGCUGGCUCAGAGUAUGGAGGCAUGCCACCAUCCCGCCCCAUGUCGCACCUCAACCUCCCACGCUACGACAAUCACUCACGAAUGAGUCUUGCCCAGAGCGGCUACGGCAUGGAUAGCAUGGAGAUGGCGAACCUGCCAAGUGACGAUGCUAUCUUGGUCGAGAUCAAGGAUAUCUUGUCCAAGUCUGAUCUCAUGAACGUCACCAAGAAGCAGAUCAAGGCCGAACUAGAGCAGAGAUUUGGAUGCGAUCUCACGCUCAAGAAGCAGUUCAUUGGCUCUGCUGUCGAGUCCUUACUCAUCAGCGGCCAGCUAUACUAA